AUGUCUAACUCAGAUGCUCCAGAAGAGAGGCUGAGAAAAUUCAAGUACCGAGGCAAAGAUGCAUCUAUGAGGCGGCAACAGCGGAUUGUGGUCAGCCAAAAGCUCCGGAAGGUCAAGAAAGAUGAGCAAACUUUCAAAAGAAGAAAUAUCGUCAGUUUCUCCCAUGACCCAGCUUCUGAAAAUCUGGCCGAAGAGAUGUCGGUCAGCCUCACUCUGAGUGAAAUAAUCAAAGGUGUGAAUAGCUCAGAUCCCAUCCUGAGGUUCCAGGCCACCCAGGAAGCCAGGAAAAUGCUGUCCUGGGAAAGAAACCCCCCUCUAAAAUUGGUUGUUGAAGCUGGGCUCAUUCCUCGGCUGGUGGAGUUUCUGAAGUCAUCACUUUAUCCCUGCUUGCAGUUUGAAGCAGCCUGGGCUCUGACCAACAUUGCUUCAGGGACUUCAGAGCAGACCCGAGCAGUCGUGGAAGGGGGCGCUGUCCAGCCGUUGGUUGAGCUCCUGUCUUCCACCCACAUGAUUGUGUGUGAACAGGCUGUGUGGGCUCUUGGCAAUAUAGCUGGUGAUGGCUCAAAGUUCAGAGACAUCGUUAUCUCAAGUAAUGCCAUCCCACAUCUGCUGGCCCUGAUUUCGUCAAACAUACCAAUCACAUUUCUACGGAACAUCACGUGGACCUUGUCCAACCUGUGCAGAAACAAGAACCCUUACCCUUGCCAAAAAGCGGUGAAGCAAAUGCUGCCAGUCCUCUCCCAACUUCUGCAGCACCAUGACAAUGAGAUUCUCUCCGACACCUGCUGGGCCCUAUCCUACCUCACCGACGGCUGCAACGAGCGCAUCGGCGAAGUAGUCAACACUGGGAUCCUGCCCAGGCUGGUAGAGCUCAUGACCAGCUCGGAACUCAGUGUCUUGACUCCCUCUCUCCGCACGGUGGGGAACAUUGUCACGGGGACAGAUCAGCAGACCCAGAUGGCCAUUGAUGCAGGCAUGCUGAAUAUACUGCCCCAGCUCCUGCGGCACCCCAAGCCGUCCAUCCAGAAGGAGGCAACCUGGGCCUUGAGCAAUGUGGCCGCAGGUCCCCGCCAUCACAUCCAGCAGCUGAUUGCUUGCGACAUCCUGCCAUCCUUGGUGGCUCUAUUGAAAAAUGGAGAAUUUAAAGUCCAGAAAGAGGCUGUUUGGACGGUGGCUAACUUCACAACUGGGGCAAACAUGGACCAGUUGAUCCAGCUUGUCCACUCUGGAGUCUUAGAGCCACUGAUAAAUCUGCUCAUUGUCCCAGAUGUUAAAAUUGUUCUCAUCAUCCUUGAUAUCAUCGCUUAUAUUCUCCAGGCAGCAGAGAAAGUGUCUGAGAAGGAAAAUUUGUGUCUUCUGAUAGAAGAACUUGGUGGGAUUGAUAAAAUUGAGGCUUUACAACUUCACGAGAAUCAUCGGAUUGGCCAGACUGCUCUACGUAUCAUUGAGAAACACUUUGAGGAAGAAGAUGAGGGCAUAACUUUGCUGGACGGAGCCCUGGACUAA